ACAACGUGUGAACAAUUUUUUUAAGGUGACUCACGUUGCAAUUCCAAAUUUCCAUGACAAUGGCAUAACAGUUUUCGGACUUGUUUUUUACAAGGAAACAGAUAUCAUCAAUAGUAAAGAUAUAUAUCCUGUUACUCGCGACAUCGAAGUUACUCAAUUAGUAGGACGUAAAGUGAUAGAAGAAUGGUUUUAUGAUCUAAUGAACCAUCCGUUAGUAUCGGAUUUUUGGUUUAAUAAUGGUCUUGUUACUUUGAUUGCAAUGUAUACUGUCAAUGAGAUUUAUCCUGAUAAUCGAAUAAUAAAUUUAUUUGUUGUUCAAAAUCAACAUACUUCUUUUUAUUUGGAUGAUUAUGAUAUGGAGAAUUCUACUUCACAAUAUGACAGUUUAUUAAAAAUUCGCCGAUCCAUCAGAGCACCCUGUAUACUGCGCAUGAUGCAACACGUUUUCACCGAUGAAAUAUUUUGGAAAGGCGUUCGCUCGUAUAGAAAUAACACCCAAUUUCAUCGUCAAAGUUUUAUGACUUUUUUGGAAGAAGUUGUUGCUGAUGCAAAAAAUGUAGAUACUGAAAUAUCAUUACAAACAAUGGAAUAUUGGACUUUGGAAGAGCAUUGUCCUCUCAUCAAAGUAGUACGAAAUUAUAGUGAUCAUGGGAGCUACAUACAUGUAUCGGUACAAAAUUACGACACAUUAGAAAUUGAUUGCAUUCCUGUAACUUUUACGACCCAGACGUAUACCAAUUUUAACAAUUUUACUCACUACUGGCUAUGCAAAUCAUGGGAUUUAAAUUCAACAAACUCAUUUCUUGAGAAUGGUUGGAUGAUAUUCAAUAUACAACAAAUUGGAUAUUACCGCGUUAACUAUGAUAAUGAGAAUUGGCGAAGAAUUUCAGAUUAUCUAUACAAUGAUGAUUUUACGACAAUUCAUGUUCUUAAUCGUGCCCAAAUUAUCGAUGAUGCAUUUCAUUUAGUGAUAGCAGGUCACCUCAACGCCUCUAUAUUCUGGAGUAUCACAUCGUAUUUGGAUAGAGAAAUAGAUUAUAUCGCAUGGUAUCCUAUGUUUAAAGCUCUGGAAAACAUGUUUAGUACUUUUCCAGUGGACGAAAAACUGAAAAAUUUGCGGAUAGAAUAGAUAAGCUAAAAUUCAUGUUAAACGAGUUACUUGAAAAAAUCCAAUAUGAAGAAAUUGAUGAUGCAGACGAACUUAGAAUAUGUUUACGACAAGAAGCUGCAAGAUGGGCAUGUUUUUUUGGUCACACCAUUUGUAUAGAAAAAGCAAAAAAUAAAUUAGAAGAACAUAUCAAAGAUCCUAUAAAACACAAACUUUUGCCAUGGUGGAAGACAUGGACAUAUUGUAGAGGUUUGAUGAUAACUACGAGAAAUGAGACCACUUUUGGAUUAGUGUAUACCAUAGGAGUAAUGAAAGCUGACUAUAAAUUUUCAGAAUACUUGGCUUGCAUUGGAGAUACUGAUUUCAUCAAAUACUAUUUAAGUUAUAAACAGUACAUUAAUACAAAACAGGAAAAUCGAUUUCUCGUUAACACAUUCUUACAUUUUAUUACGAAGCAUGCAAAGAAUCCAAUUAUACUGACGUAUUUAUUCGAUAAUUUUAACGUAAUAAAACCAAAAAAUGUUAAUAUAAUUGCAGCAUUUAUUAUUAUGAUUAAUAACGUAUAUUCCGAAAAUCUAGUUGAGUUAAUAGAGAAACAAUCUGAAAUUAUUGUAGAAGCUAACGUAAUUAAAGUGAAUACAGAACAUCUAUUUAGAAGACAUCGAAUAAAGGAGAUGAGUGACCGUGUAAUAGAUAAGGAUGAAUUAUAUUCCUAUAUUACAAUCAAGAUUCAAAUUAUUCGCAAAAAACAAAUCGAGAAGCAGAGACAAUAUUUUGCAAGAUUUUUCUUCUAAUCGGUGGAUGUAAAAAAAUUGCAGCUUUGCAUACGUGGACAUACUUUAUAUGAAUAAUUUUUUAUAUUGUAUCUACUAUAUCUUUUACUGCUCUAAAUAUUGUUUAUUUAGAUGUAUUACUAUCCGAUUUAUAUA